AUGACAGACCAUAUCCUGGAGGUCGCUGAGACCAUUCAGACUGCUUCUAUCGUAUCACACCCAUCUGCCGCCCACGAUAUCAACCCGCCCACCGCGGCCUCGGAAAAGCAACCCGUUGUUGCUGCCCCGGCUUCCGAUGCUGGCAGCCUCUCUUCGGACAUUGUUGAUCCAAGUCGAGUGAUUCGGCCCCUUCGUCGGCGUCAGACACUUCCUCCUCUGCCAGACUUGCGCUUUGAGCAGAGCUAUCUGGCUAGUUUGAAAGAUGCCGACACCUGGGGACGGGUAGCAUGGAUUACCGUCAGGGACCAGGUCCUCCUCCCUCUCAUGCAAGGCACAGUCUGGACCCUCGCGCUCUCCGGCUGGCGCUUCUGGAACCGCAACGCCUCCCUCAGCGGACAUACACUGGGAAGCAGAAUCCGCAGGUGGUGGUAUGGAGUCAACAACUGGAAGCUGCCACCCGUAGGCUGGACCAAGGAUCCAAAGCUAGCCUCGCAAGUCGAAGAGGAGUUCUUGCAGUUCUACGAAGCCCAGUUCUCUAAUGCUGGUUCGGGCUGA